AUGUUGGGUCCUACCGAAGCCACUUUCUACUUUUCAGUCCAGGCCUGGAGAGCGAUUGAUGAUGUACACACUGUCUCUAGUCCCAGUCUACCUUGGAUGUAUGGAGAUGUGGUGACAGGACAGGAGCAACUGAGGAAUUCUGGCCUGGGCUGCUCUCAGAUGCAGAUGGUCAGGGGCUCUGAGCUGCACUCCGAGGAGGACUCUAUAAGCUUUCUUCAGGUAGCUAUUAAAGGAUCCCAUUUCCUGAGCUUCAAGAAUAAAUCAUGCCUACCAUCUCACCAUCUCCAGCAUUUGGAAGUAGGAUCCAGAAUGUCUGCAGACCCUUCAAUUCAAGCCAUCAUCAACAGGGCACAUGUGAUCCUCACUGACCCCUGCCCACAUUCCACCAUGAGUCUUCUUGAUGCAGGGAAGUUUUAUCUCCAGCUACAAGUAAGGCCUGAGGCCUGGCUGUCCAGUGGUUCCAGUCCUGGGCAUGGCUGUCUGCUUCUUGUUGGAUUCUACCCUCAGCCUGUGUGGGUGAUGUGGAUGCGAGGUGACCAGGAGCAGCAGGGCACUCAGAGAGGUGACAUCCUGCCCAAUGGUGAUGACACGUGGCAUCUCCGAGCAACCCUGGAUGUGGCAGCUGGGGAGGCGGCUGGCCUGGCCUGCAGGGUGAAGCACAGCAGCCUAGGAGGGCAGGACCUCGUCCUCUACUGGGGUGAUCACAAUUCCCUGGGCUUGAUUUUCUUGGCAGUGCUAGUGACUCUGGCUCUUCUGACAGGUCUUGCAUUUUGA